CGAAUUUCUGGCCCCUCACCAGAAAACUCUAACACGCGCCCGCUACAGAAUUACGAAGAAUACCCCAUGCACCCCCUACCCAAAAUCUGAAUGGAUAAACCCUAAUUUCUUCCGAACCACAAAACUUACUUCCUUAUAUCUAUAACCUCCUAAGUACUUCCCAAAUUCCAAACAAUUCGUCAGUUGAAUCCCUAGCUCGAUUCAGUUACAAUUAUGGGUUGCGCCUCAUCUAAACAAAUUGAGGCCGGAACUGUCGAUGUCUACCGUCCGGCCUCCACCAGUUUCGCUGUUUUCGACAUCCACGCCAUCAAAGAGCCAUGGCUAGCUGAAGAAGAACAAGAGGAUGAUGGGAAGCCUCAGCCGGAAAAACCCGUCACUCAGUUGCCGUCCCCGAUUCUCGAGAAGCUCGAUAACGACGAAGAUCCUCCGCGGUCAUGGGAUGAAGUCAGCAAGGAGUUGGAAGACUUAAAACCCACCCUAAACUCUCCUGUACCUCCACCGCCUCUUCCAACCCCAGCCGAUACAUCGCCUGCACCGACGCCGAUGCCGGCGAAAAAGGUUAAACGCAGGAGCUUCUCUUUCCACACACUUGAAGAACUCGAAAAGAACACAAAGGCCGCAAACAAACCAACAUCCACGUUGAAGAAAACCGAGUCGUCUAACGAGUUGACGAAAUUUGGUUCCCGUUUGAGGCGAACGGAUCCGGGUACCAAAUCCAUAUCAGAGACAGGGUCCAUAUCAAUGCAACCUCCAUUGACAGACGGAUAUAAAUCAUUGAAAGAAAACCCGUUUUUAUUAAGAGAUCAGAUGGAAAGAGAUAAACAAGGCUUACCGCCGCUUUUCAUUAAGCGGGACCCACUUGAGGAUUACCAAGAAAUCUGUCCACCCGGAGGGUCGGAAAAGGUGGUUAUCUACACGACGUCGUUGGGUGGGAUCCGAAGGACAUAUGAAGACUGUAACCAGGUUAGAUCCAUCAUGGAGCUCCAUGGGUUUGUGUAUGAGGAACGGGACGUAUCAUUACACGGCGAGUUCCGGACUCAGUUGAAAGAGUUGCUUGGUGAGUUCGCGAGUGUUCCGAGGAUGUUUGUUAAGGGUAGGUAUAUAGGAGGUGUAGAUGAGAUUGUUGGAUUGAACGAGACGGGUCGACUCAGGAGGAUACUGAGUCGAGUUGGCAUUGAGAAACAGGUGGGUAGGCAAGCUUGUGAAGGGUGCGGUGGUGCUAGGUUCGUACCUUGUGUGGACUGCGGAGGGAGUUGUAAGGUUGUGGUCGGAGAUAAGAAAGAAAAAGAAAGGUGUCCCGAAUGCAAUGAAAAUGGACUCAUUUAUUGUCCUAUGUGUUCAUAAAACAACAACCUCCUUCGUUCUUUUGAUCAAGUACCUAUGCCCUUUGUAUUUAUUUUGUUUUACCCUUCGCUUAUUGUUUGUUAUGGUUUGCUUCUUUUUUUCCCCUUCUUUUCAAUAUAGAUAAUAAGAGACACAUUUGUGAAUGAUAUAGUAUUUAAUACUGAAUUGUAGUCGGCAUGCCUGCUCCAAGAACUAAUUGUAUGAUUUAUAACAAAUCAUUGUUGUUCAACUAUAUAUAGUGGAUAAAAUAAAAGUCAAAAAAUGUUGCGUUCA